UCUGAAUAAAAAAAUAAUAAUAAUAAAAAAAGCUUUUGCAGUAUUCUGCCACCUACUGUUAAAGGAGAAAUGCGCAGGAAAGUUGCCAAGGCAACCACACGCGAAAGUCUCUCUACUCGUAUAAUCCGUAUGUAGCUUCCGUGUUAUAUGUAAUCUGAAGUUAAUUCAGUAAUCUUUACCUUACUAUAUCCACGACUUGGUGCAAAAUUUAAGUUAAUUUAGGAAAACAGAUAUUUUGUUAGUAACAGUUAACUUCUGGAGCAGCAUGUUGUCACCUCAGUCCUCAGCACACAAGAUCGGCAGUGAUGAUGCGAAUCCCUUCAGAAUCUCUCAACACAAUCUUUUACAGAUGAUGAACAAAGAUAAAAGUCGGAAAGAACAGGAACACCAGAGAAAAUUGGCUUUACCCGUCCAUGAGAAGGUUACACUUACAGGCCGAAGCAGGGCCAGACAAAGACUGAUGGAGGAACUUAAAGAAAGUAGCACAACUUUCCCACACAUUAAACACAAGCUUCAAGACAAAUCUGCACAAAGGAUUUUUAUGAUUAAAGACCCUUAUAUUGAUAAACGAAGCAUGAAUGAAUAUAUCGCGAAGAAACGGGAGCUGUUCUUAAUGGAGUAUUCUCUGGCGGUAAAGAGAGGAGAGAUUCAAAACCUGGAGCAGAUGGCUGUAGAAGAAGAAAGGAAAUUGACAAGCGCUGAAAAGUUCCUGGAAGACAACACCAUUUUGUUUGAAGACUUUCUGAAAGAAAAUGACAAAAACUCAAUGGAGGCCAUUAAAAUGGCUGAACAAGAGACAACAAUGAAGCUGGACAAAAUAGCUGAAAUCAAGAAGAUCACCUCCAAAAUAGUGUCAAUCAAGAGUGACAUCUCUAAAUAUGAGGACAUCCUAAGGGAGUAUAGAAAAUAUGAAGAGUUUCUGCUGAUGCUGUCACAGCCAGAGAGAUCCAAGAGCGGAUACCUCAAUGACAUGAAAGCUAAGACUGAUGGGAAACAAAUGGAAAAGACCACUUCAGACAGCAGAUCUGGAGAAAACCAAGUGGUUCAUGAGCCAAAAAAGUCCAGCCAUCAGAGCGACAAAAUGUAUAUACCUGCGCCUGAGACCUCAGAUAAUGACAAGGAGCCAGAGCUGUUCUUCACAGAUCCUGAAGAGCUGCUGAACGUGAUGGCUGAACUUGAAGAGCAAACCCUUUCUCUCAUCCAGAACAACAGAGAUGCUGAAGAGUCUCUGGAGGAGUUCAGGCAGACCGCUGAGCUGACUAAAAAAAAAAUAGAGUCUGAGUCACAACAGCUGAAAGAGCAGAUUGAUGUCGUGACAGACACAAUACAGCGAGAAACCCAAAGAACAGCACAGCUGGAAGAGAGAUGCAAAUUGUUUGGCUUUGGAAAGAACAAACCAGAGGACCAGGACAACACUUUUAAGUCACUGAGUGAUAAAGUUGAGGAGGUGUAUCGCUGCUGUGUGGGAGAAACUGCAGGAAAUCUUAGCACUCUGCAAAUGCUGACGAGCAUUGAGAGCAAACUGGUGGAGCUUCUGGACAAUGCAGAUAUGAUACCAAGAGACCGCAUGACUGUAGCUGAACGUGCCAAAGAGAAAGAGAGGAGAAUCAGGCUGCGUGAAGAGAAGAUACGUUUGCAGAUGAUACACCAGGAGGAAAGGCGAAGAAAGCUAUGAAAAGAUCUAAGACUGAAAAAAUAAACAGCAAGAAAAAAUA